AAAUCAAGGAAGUACGGUUCCCUAUUUACACAACUCUGUGUAAAGCGGAGGAAGGUUGUAAGUUUCUCGUUGCUGCCUAACCGGUCUGUUCUCCAUUUGUUUUUACAACAAACACGUAUCCGCACAUCCGCGUGCACCGUCCACUCCGCUUUUCAAGGAGAAGAGGUCAGACUCCGAUCGGGCAACGAGGCGGGGCGCUCAUGGCUUCCUGCGUCUUGUGUGCACGGGGUGUUUCGCGAUGUGACAUCCCGGCGACUCUGCUCAGUCCGCCUAUGCCAGAGUGCUGAAGGCCGCCCAGAGCGACGCGGGACAGCCGCUCCAUCUACGCUCCUCCUGUAGUUCCGUGGCGUUACUCGUUCCUACCUUCCAGUACAUGAAGCCCGAGAAAUGCCUUUAGAUGUGAAGGACAUUUAGACUCGAAACAGUCGCUCGUUUUAUUUUGGGGUUAGCUUUGGAAUUAAAGCAGCAACGUGACUCUCCUGUCUGAUCUUCAAGAACUGGACUUUGGAGUGGCUGCAUUGAUGUUCCGGAAUCAACAAUGUUUGCCCCUACCAUGGUUUACUCAGUGACUCUACUUUCAGUUUAAGACAAUAUUGUUAAAAUCAAGAAAAGCCAAAGUACUGGAUUACUUUUCUUAGAAAAGAAGCCUUUUCCACCAAAAUGCUGAUUAAAGAGUACCGCAUACCUUUGCCUAUGAGUGUGGAGGAGUACCGCAUUGCCCAGCUCUACAUGAUACAGAAAAAGAGCCGAGAGGAAACAUGUGGCGAGGGCAGUGGAGUGGAAAUCUUAAAAAAUCAUCCCUACACUGAUGGACCUGGUGGCUCCGGUCAGUACACUCAUAAAGUGUAUCAUAUAGGUAUGCAUAUUCCCAGCUGGUUCCGGUCCAUAUUACCAAAAGCUGCAUUAAGAGUGGAAGAAGAGUCUUGGAAUGCCUACCCCUAUACUCGAACAAGAUAUACCUGCCCUUUUGUGGAGAAGUUUUCAAUCGAUAUUGAAACAUACUAUAAACCUGACACUGGAGAUCAAGUUGAUGUAUUCAAUCUUUCAUCUGCAGAAAAGAGACAGAGGAUUCUAGACCCAAUUGAUAUAGUCAAGGAACCUAUCCCACCCCAUGAGUACAAGGCAGAAGAAGAUCCCAAGUUGUACAAAUCUGAGAAGACAAGGAGGGGCCCUCUUCCAGACAAUUGGAUUGAAGAGAUUAAGAGCAAUCCCAGUAAAAUGCCAAUUAUGUGUGCAUACAAACUUUGUAAAGUGGAAUUCCGAUACUGGGGAAUGCAGUCUAAAAUCGAAAGGUUUAUCCACGACGUAGGAUUGAGAAAAGUUAUGGUGCAUGCUCACCGACAGGCGUGGUGCUGGCAAGAUGAGUGGUAUGGACUGGCUAUUGAAGACAUUCGGCAGCUGGAGCUAGAAACACAGCUAAUGUUGGCACAGAAGAUGGCACAGUUUAGUUGCAAUGAGGAGGCAGAGCAAAAUGGUGCUAAUGCUUCACAUAGUGACAAGGACCAGGAAGUAAAAGCAAUGUCAUCAAUAGAGGCUGAAGAUGCUGCAGUGACCAUAGCCGACACUCUUCAGGGACGUGGUAGUUUAACUAAGCAGUGGUCAACAUCUUCAAAGUCCUCUCGCUCUUCUAAAAGAGGAGGUAGUCCAUCUCGUCACAGCAUUUCCGAAUGGAGGAUGCAAAGCAUUGCAAGAGACUCAGAUGACAGUUCUGAUGAAGAGUUCUUCGAUGCACAUGAGGAUUUCUCAGAUAAUGAAGAGAUAUUUCCUCAAGAAAUUACAAAGUGGAAUUCGAAUGAUCUCAUGGACAAAAUUGAGGGAACAGAACAGGACGAUGUUCCAGGUGAUCUCUAUCAUGACACAGCUGCUGACUAUCCUGUAACUUCCAGUGUGGAAACCCUAAGCAUUAUUGAGACGCAAAGGGCUCUUAACAGCCCAAAAUGUAGAGCAGCAACAUCUGAUUCAGUGAUGAGGGUUUCAGAAGACAGUUCAUCUUCUCAGCUACAGCCUUGCAAGAUACAUGUACUUAUCUUGGUCUUGCAUGGAGGGAAUAUUCUGGACACAGGUAGUGGUGACCAGAACAGCAAGCAAGGGGACAUGAAUACGAUAACAUCUGCCUUUGAUACUGUUAUGCAGGUGCACUAUCCUGCAGCACUUAACCGCAUUGCAAUCCGUUUGGUACCCUGUCCUGCCAUCUGCUCAGAAGUUUUUUCCCUUGUGUCCAAUUUGAGUCCCUACAGUUAUGAUGAAGGUUGUCUAUCCAACAGCCAAGAUCAUAUACCUCUAGCUGCUCUCCCCUUGUUGGCGACCUCAUCACCUCAAUACCAGGAGGCAAUCGCAACUGUUAUCCUCCGAGCCAACCAAGUUUACAGUGAUUUUAUUAAGUCACUAAGAGGUGCUUCAUUUAAUGGCCAGGUCUGUUUAAUUGGUGACUGUGUUGGUGGAAUUUUGGGAUUUGAUGCCUUAUGCUACAGCAGUCACCCAGUUUCUGAAAGCCAAAACAGUAGCAGGAGAGGCAGUGUUGCAAGUACUCAGGAUACAGACUUGCUGUCCCCUGGAAUUAUUGUAAAUCACAGCUGCUGUCCGAGUAAUUCAAACUUAGAGACUAGCAGGCACCUUAGUCGCAGCAACAUUGAUAUACCACGGAGUGGAAUAGAGGAUCCAAAGAAGCAGCUUCCACGGAAGAGAAGUGACUCCUCCACUUAUGAGAUAGACACCAUCAAGCAUCACCAGGCAUUUCUUUCUAGCUUACAUUCCAGUGUUCUGAGGCAUGAUCCUGCAUCCCGAAGGUCUAGUAGUUCCACAAUGUUGGAUGGAGGUGCACUUGGCAAAUUUGACUUUGAAGUGUCUGACUUCUUUCUCUUUGGCUCACCGCUGGGGCUGGUUCUUGCUUUGCGGAAAACUGUCAUUCCAAAUCUGGAUGUUGCACAGUUGCGACCAGCCUGCCAACAAGUUUACAACCUCUUCCACCCUGCAGACCCCUCAGCCUGUCGUCUGGAGCCACUGCUUGAGAAAAAGUUCCAUCUUGUGCCCCCUUUCAACGUGCCACGCUACCAGCGUUUCCCUCUUGGUGAUGGCAAUUCUGCACUGUUGGUCGAGACAGUCCAGAGCAAUCCCAUCCUCGUCAUGGAGAGCAGUCACCCCUUAACUGCUCUCCGCUGUCAAGACAGCAUCACGGAAACCUGUAUCCCUGUCCCGGUGCUUAACUGGCAAGAUGGCUCUUAUAAAAGUUCAACCUCUGGGGAGUCAGAUGUUAUUCAAUCUCAUGGUGCCAUCUUGGUGGAAAGUUCGUCCCCUUCUUCCCCCAUUACAGCCCCUAAUGUGCGGGGAUUCCGGAGAGCCAGUGAGGUCAGCAUUGCCAGCCAGGUCUCAGGAAUGGCAGACAGUUACUCUGCCACCAACAUAGCCAACAAACAAGCAUGUCAUCUUUACAGUUCCAAAAAACUAAGCCUACUGUCCCAGCUUGCUCUUCCCUAUAACAAAAGCUUUUUAAAAAGUGUCUCACCUAAGUCCAGUAGAAAGUCAAAAACAGACACAGACUCCUCCUUGAAUCACAUAGUGAAGAGUCCAGAAAUGAAGUCCAGUCGAAAGCCUAGUAUCAUUCCUCAGAUCCCAGACCUGGAUAUUGUGGCAGUUGCAGCUCGGUGGUGGGGUACUAAGCGAAUUGAUUUUGCACUGUACUGUCCGGAUGCUCUGACUGCCUUUCCCACAGUGGCCCUUCCUCAUCUAUUCCAUGCCAGUUACUGGGAGUCUACAGAUGUUGUGUCCUUCUUGCUGAGACAGGUUAUGAGACAUGAAAAUUCUAGCAUCUUGGAACUUGAUGGAAAAGAGAUGUCAGUGUUCAGUCCUUCAAAACCACGUGAAAAAUGGCUGAGAAAAAGGACUCAUGUCAAAAUAAGGAAUGUGACUGCUAAUCAUCGAGUCAGUGAUGCUGUUUGCACAGAGGAUGGACCACAAACAGUAAAUGGUCGCUUUAUGUAUGGGCCACUAGACAUGGUUACACUUACUGGAGAAAAGGUGGAUAUUCAUAUCAUGACACAGCCCCCAUCAGGAGAAUGGAUCUAUUUUGACACUGAACUUACAAACAGUAGUGGCAGGAUCUCAUAUACAAUUCCUGAAAGCAAGCGACUUGGAAUUGGUGUUUAUCCAGUGAAACUUGUAGUCAGAGGUGACCACACAUUUGCAGACAGCUACAUGACAAUUCUUCCGAAAGGCACAGAGUUUGUUGUGUUCAGCAUAGAUGGCUCUUUUGCUGCAAGUGUCUCUAUAAUGGGAAGUGACCCUAAGGUCCGAGCAGGUGCUGUAGACGUUGUAAGACACUGGCAAGAUCUUGGAUACCUUAUUAUCUAUGUAACUGGAAGGCCAGAUAUGCAAAAGCAAAGAGUUGUUGCUUGGCUUUCACAGCACAAUUUCCCGCAUGGGAUUGUGUCAUUUUGUGAUGGCUUGGUGCAUGACCCCCUCAGACAUAAAGCCAAUUUUCUAAAGAGCUUAAUAACAGAGGCACAUAUGAAGAUUGCUGCAGCUUAUGGAUCAACAAAAGAUAUUUCUGUUUAUUCCUCCAUUGGCUUGUCACCCAGUCAGAUUUACAUUGUUGGGCGCCCUACCAAGAAACUUCUUCACCAAUGCCAGUUCAUUACAGAUGGUUAUGCAGCACACCUCUCUCAACUGGAGUAUAAUCAUCGCUCAAGACCUGCCAAGAGCAGCUCGCGGAUGGUUCUUCGCAAAGGCAGUUUUGGGCUAGGAAGCAACCCAGACUUUCUUAGGAAGCGCAAUCAUCUGCUCCGUACUAUCUCCUCACAACCUACGACUGGGGCCAGUGGCUCCUCAUCUAGCCAUAGUAAGCCAGAGCGGACCCAGAGCCAGUCAGACAGUGAGAGAGAGCGGGAAAGGAUUGAACGCUGCCAAAGAAGCAUGAGCAUUGCUGCUGGUUGUUGGGGCCGCAGCAGCAGUAGCAGUGCCAAGACAGAAUCUGGCGUUUUAAGUCAGAAGUAGUUGUUCCACAAAGAAGAAGCACUUAACAAAAUAUACUGUUGGACGUGUCCAAUUUAGUUAGAAGGAGAACUUGGAUAAAGGAAGGUGAUUGAAUGAAGUGACAAAAGGUCCAGGAACUGCAUAUGGUGCUAUAAACAAUAUAAAAUAUGUCACCAUCAGGAAUGGAAUUAUACAAAAAUGUGGUACCAUCAUCAUGUUGCAUGUUGCAGGCCUUAAAUCAGACAGCUGUGCUCCUUUUUCUUGAGCACAGGCCCACUAAGCAUUAAACAAGGGAGCAAAGCUGGAGUGAAUUAAUUUUCCAGUAUGUUUAGUAUUGUAACCAGUCUGUUUUAGCCAGGUUUUUGAAACUCUGACAUGUAAAUAUUUGCGUCCUAUAGCUUUGAAGAAAACAUUUAGGAAUAAUCUGAUUUAAGUUUCCAGAAUUGUGUGGAUCUUUUAUGAUGGUAACCUGAAGCCCAGUGUUUACUUGUAUAUAUGUAUAGAACAGUGGUGCUUACUUAGAACAUUUUUGCUGUAUAGUAGUACUUAGGCAAUAAAACAAUAUCCUAAUUUCAUGAAUCUACCUGAUAUGGCAUGCGGGUCUGUUGUGGCCUUAAUGGAUUUUAGCUGUUAUUAGUUGGAGUACUUGAAAAAGACAGAGGUUAACAGGGAAAAAAAAGAAGAGAGAGAGGUUAAUGUAAAUUUUAGCAUUUAUUCUUAACAUCCUAACGCCCCACUCAAUGCGAUGUGCACAAUUAAUUUUCUAUAAGUAAUGCAAACAAAGACAUGAAUGUGUUUUGGUUUCUGGAAACAUGAUUUUCUGUAGGAUAAGAAAGCAUUUUCUUAUGCCAUUUGUUUUCAGUUUUAAGUAGUUCACUUUAACUGCAUUACUAGUUGGAGUGUAUUCACUGUUGCCUAUAACUGUUUAGGUCUCUAGUGUAUGUUUAGUGAAGUUCAGUCUUUCAAUCAGCAAUAGUGUGCUGAAUAGACAGACUUGCAGAGAGCAGACAGGAGACUUUAAAAUUUUUAAAAAGACAUGAGAUCAGCCAGCAAUAUUCUUUACAAGUGAAAUCUUUGCUUUGUGCUCACCUGGUAACAUGGAAGACUUGUAUUGUGUUAACCACCAUAAAAGAUCCUAACUUUAACAAAAACUGAACUUAAACAUCAUUUUCCAGAAUUUGAAAUUAUAAUGUCAGCAGUUAGAAAUAAUGGGUGGCCAUAUUUCUUUUUAGUUGUGUUUCUUGUUUAAUCUCAUAGUUUUGCACUAUUUUAUGAGACCUUAUUCCGCCCUAUGUUUCUGUGGAUUUAUUAUUUAUAAUUGUUCUGCAUGAUAAUUUAUCAUUUUUUGCCAAUGCAGGGUUUGUAUAUUUAUAUACCAAAAUCUAUUUAGAUGGAUGUGGGGAGGCUGGGUGGUGAGCAGAAUUCUGAUUGACACCACUGGCUGAUUAGUAUUAAACUGUAAACAAUGUUUCCAGUGGGCAAGUAGGAUUUUUUGAAAUAAGCUUGUUGAAGUUUGGUUUCUCUCAAAAGCUAAGUUUAACUUGUCUGUUUUAAGACAGAAUUUAAAAAUGGGGAUAAUCAUUUUUUUGCACUUAUGGAAGGAACCUGAAAACAGCUGAAAGGUCUGUCCCACAUUUCUCUUUCUCUUUAGAAUACUUUAUAAUCUUAGUUCCAGGUUUUUUUUAAAAAAAAAAAAACCAAGUGUGGCAUGUGAGUCCAGUUGGUUUAAAAUGAGCUAUUAGAGCUGUAACUUGGAAAAAACACCUUGUUUUAUUGACUAGCAUAACAAUGGAUCCUGUAACCAAAAGGAUAUCUAGCAAGCAGCCUUAUUUAAAAUGGAGAUGUUAAUAGUCAAAAUGAAAUUCAAAGCUAAUAGAAAAAGAGAGGGGAAUCAAGUAUGCCAAAAUGCAGAAAAUAAGUUUAACAAAAACCUAAUUCAUGUAGAAUUUAUUAAACAUAGCAUUUAUUUUUCCAGUAUUGCAAAUAUGCUUGAAGUAAUACUGUUUUAUCCAUUAUCAUUAGUCAAUUAAUGUAGCACUUUAUAUUAUUUGAGUAUAGUUAAUAAAACAGCUAGAGUUAUGCAUUAUUGGACAAAGUAUUUAACUCUUAAAGUGCAAUGUGAUUCUCUUGCGCCAUACAAUAAUCAAAAGAAGGAACAGGUUCCAUGUGCUGGCUUAUGGUUCCUUACUUGGAUCCUUUUUGAAAAUUUGGAUCUAGCUUAAAGCUAAAGUCCAAGUCCCCAAUACAAUAUGAUUUGAAUAUGUACAUAAGCCUAUGAGUUGCAUUGAAAACAAAGGAUUCAAAGAAUUAUUGCUUUGUGUACAGAACUGUAAAUGGUAUGAAAAGUACGUAUAUUCAGUGAAAGUUAUUUAUUUAUGUAGAUAUAAAAGAGGUUGGAUCCUUCAGGUUUUAUUAUACAGUAUUUGAAAUACUUUUUUUUUUCCAUUUCAAACUGAUGUAUUAGCUGUUUUAUGGACCAAGAGUAAUGUAACUGUCAAUGCAAAAGUGCAAUAUUCUUACAGUUUCCAUAGAUAAUAAGCAGUAAUUUUAAACUAACUCUGUGGCAUUGACAAUCAGUAUACAUGUACUGAAUUGCUCCACCCUUUUGAUAAUUACAAAAUCUGUUUACUGGAUUCUUAAGAGGGCAGAAAAAAAAUUAACACAACUGUGAAAAAGAAAAAUUCAGGACAAAGUACACUGUGCAUAAUGCAGUCUUGCACAAGAAAAAGAUGAUCAGUUCCCAUCUAUUUACAAUAAAGCACCUAUUUGGAAAUACAUCUUACUGAUCACAUGCAAAUGUCAGAAACUCACUCAGCUUUCACCAUACCUGUAUUAGUUGUAACAUCCUGAUGUAGUUUACUUGUGGAAUGGGUAUAAAUAUAUUGUGUAAAGCUGCAGCCAUUUUCUCUCCAGGUCACCUAAUGUUGUGGUAUAAAAUAAAAAGGAAGAUUUUCUAUAUAUGGAAAUAGCUGCUGCUCUCAGCGUUAGCCAGCUCGUUUACAGGGAACUUCACUGUUACACAUUUUUACAAAAAAAAAAACAAAACUUUUAUAACCAAAUUUGUUGUGUUUAAUUUAGUUGGGAGAAAUUAAAAGUGAAACUUCUGAUAUAGUGAACGGCACCAUAAAUACCUUGUUAUAGAAAGCUGGGUUUAAUGCAGACUUCUUAUGCCUGAUUUCUAUUAGAAUAACCACUGUUUGUAAUCAGUCCCUGUCAUGUACUAUUGGUGAAUAAAAGCUGAUGGUAAUGCAGUAAAGUUUCACAUUUUGUCUGCGAGAAAGCACAAGUUGGGAAACAGAAGGACAUGGUCGCUUUGAAAAGGUAUUCAAAAAGUAUACAAAGCCUACUUUUACAUCUUGUGUUGUCACUGAAUAUUGUCUUAGAACAGAAUGUUCAAAUAUGUUUCUGUAGGAACUAGUUGCAUUUAUAGAAUAAUUAGAAAAACAAUUUCACUGUUGAUUUUGUCAAUCCAGAAAUAUGCAGUUUCUUUUAUUUUUCAGGUAAUUGUAGCAAAGACAUGGUAGUUUUAUACACAGUACUGGAUUGGUUCAUCAAUUUUUUUCUUAAAUUUCUUGAAAUUAUAAUUAAUAGCAGCUGCUCAAUGAUGGAUCCCCUGAUGCACUUGAUAUUAAAAAAAUUCCCUUUAGAUUAAAUUUUAUCUUUAUUACAACUAUUAUAAUAUGCAUAACUUUUUCUGAAAAUUUGUAACUACAGAUUGAGGGCAACACCAAUUCUAAGAGGACAAGGUCUAAUUGUUCUUGUUCAGUCAGUUUUUUCUUAUCUGUGCCUCAUUCUUUAUAUCGAAAAUAAUGAUUAUUUGACUUUCUAACAUAUUUUUAAUGCUAAAUUACAAAUAUCUGGUGUAGUGGGGCCAUGGAACCAAGAUUUAUCACAUUUUCCCACCCCAAAAAAUACUGUAUGUAAAGACCAACCAACUCUGUAGUUUUGCACAGUUUUUAUGUAAGACACCUUUGAAUUUUUACAGUGACCAAUAGAUUUUCAUUAAACCUCCUCUACUUUUUGUUUGUGCAUAUAUAUAUAUAUUUACUAGGUCUUUUAUUAAAAAAUAUAAAUAUUUAUUUUUCUUAUCAACAGAAUAUACAAGGAUAGUUAAAUCAGUAUAAGAAAAAUACUCGGGGUGGUUUUCUGGGGUAUAAAAUUACUUUGACCUUAGCAAUCCAAAUUUAUAUAAUUUAUUGUAACCUCCUUUUGAAAUUAAUAAUGAUAGUAUUUCCUACUCAGAUACUUCAUUUUAACCCAUGCAUGUCAGUCAAGAUGUGCAAAACAAAUAAAGCUGCAUAUGUACUAUUAUCUAAUAUUAACUAAUGAGAGUUUUGUCCUUUCACAGAUAACUUGAGGGUCAUGGGAGUUUGCCAAUCUUGUCCACAUGUGCAUUGUGGACUUUGGAAAAGCUUGUAACUGUAUACCCCAGGAUGCUGCAGUAGUACUUGUUUUAGGGCGGCUGCUGCUGUGUGCCAUUCUGUUACUUUGUUUAUAGACUAGGUGUCGUGUUUGAUACUUUGUAUUGAGACUAUUUAAUGUGAGUAUUGUCAAGGGUACAUCUUGUCUCCUCCAUUCACCUGUUGGUCAUUUUCGUAGACAAGAUAUCAACGUACAGCUGAGGUAUGCAGGGUACCCACUUUGAGAGCCUAUGGGUUGCAUCUGUGCUGUUUGCAGAUGAUCUUUUCUCCCGAAUCUAAUCAUAUUGUAGUUGCUAGCACAUGCAGAAUGUGAUCUGGUUGGGAUGAUUGGUAAUGUCUGCCCUUCAGGUAAGGAAUGAGAAGUGGUCCCACCCUGGAAGAGUUCCAAGCACAUUGAGGUCUAGUUAAUGAGUGACACAAGAUCAACAAGUCGAUGUAGUGGCAGCAACUUUACUGAUGUUGUAGUAGACUGUGUUAAUAAAGUGGAAGCUAUGUAUUUACUGGUCUGUCUACAGCAAUAUCCUCACCUAUGAGGAUGAGUACAUGUGGUCAACUAUGAGAUUUCUGAACUGCGUUGCUGAGCUCACAAACUUCACAACAGGGAGUGGAGCUUGGAAAUAAUUGAGAACCAGUGAGCACAACCAUUUCUUCUAGGGAUCAAGAGAUGCCAGUUGUUUGACCAUGUAGUUUGAAUGCCUUCUUGGGCAGAUGCACAAAGCAUGACCCAGUAAAAUAAGGAGGACACAAAGUGGGGACUGUCCUAAGAGAAUCUGGGUAUUCAUCAGAAAUGGAGGGGGGUUAGAGAUUAGCAGAAAUAAUGAAGCCUUGUCGGCCAAGCUCAUCUUGUUAAUACCAACGAUCCUCACCAGGAAAAGCAGAAAAAAAAAUGAAUGAAUGAGUUUGAGUUGUGAAAAUGAGAAAGACAUCGUAGCAAUAAACAAUUUUAUUUUCACAGCCCCAGUUAAAUCUAGUUAGCAAAUCUUUUACAGAUACAAAAAAAUAGUACCUUUAAAAAUAGUUCUUUGUAAAUAGCUGCUAAAAAUUUUCAUUCACAUAAUUUAAAAGGAAAGUCUGACCUAGUUUAAUCAGCAUAGUACAAUUCUGUAAAUGCUAUUUAUUUUUCAUUAUAUUGGGGAAGUGGACAGUUGAUGCAUUGUAACUGUUUUAUUCUAAAUUCCUAAAUAUGUUUACAAACUCAGUGAGUUUUAUAUUGAGUGUCAUUUUUAGAGAAUUAUUAUAUAUGAACACAACUGAAUAUUACAGAUAAUUUUAAAAAGAAUAAUUUGCCAGAUGGGCAAGGUGACUGCACACCAGGUAUAAAAUGACAGAACUAUUCCUGAAAUCAAACUGCUGCUUAUGAAUUAUUUUUUGUAUUUAUUUUAGUCUAAGUGUGCAAAAUGUUUUGAUCUGUUAAGAUCUGUGUUAUACUCCACAAUUACAUUUUUUUUUUUUUCUGGCUGUCAGUGCAGUGUUCGAAUGCCUGGGUCUGCUAUGUGUACAGUAUCAUUGUAUGUUAUGUGGAUUUAAAGAAAUUUGACAUUUUUUCCUCAGUGUUUUCUGUAUAUACAAAAUUAUAGCCUGAAAAACCCCUGUGUACUGUCAUAAUCGACCAUUUGCUGUAAAUAGAAGUUUACUCUUGAGCAAGCUA